GCUUUAUGUUGCACUAUCCACCUUCUUGAGGGUAUCAAGUGUCAGACGUGUCAGCUGUGUUAGCUGAAGUUGAGUAGAUUAACGAUGAUAGACCGGAUACUGUGCGGAAACAGACAAACGCGCAGUGUAGUUAUUUAAGUUCGAAUGCAUAAAAUAAGUAAUAUAAAAACACACGUGUACGGUAGAUGAGUGUGCCAGCAAUAAUUGUCACAAAUUGUGCCGAAGUCGCACACAGUAGAUAAAAAUGAUAGAGUCACCGGCGUGGAACUCCAAGAAGGAUGAGAGCAUUUACAAGGCUGCAGGUGCCAUGCACUUGCGGAAGUACGGGGAAUUCUUCGAGAAUCUGGUGGAGAAGUCCUGGAAGGGUGAUUCGACGUUGGAAUAUAUCAUAGAGGGUCCUCUGCGCCUUGUUUACAAAAUGACAGAGGACAUCGGCAUCCUCUCCCUGGUGGAGAUGGAGAACAAGGUUCUAUCAAAGCUGCUGGCAGCGGUGGCAGGAACGUGCAAGGAAGUCAGAUUGCUGAAGGCGGAGGCCGCUGGCUUCUAUGCGAAGCUCUUCGCCCAUGGGGAAAGGUGCAUGGACGACGAUCUCGCCGGCGUGGCCAAGCUACUGUCGGAUCUCCUGGACCUGUCCGUUUUUGCCAAUCGUAUGUCAGCCGUCGUGCACCUGACCACACAACAGUUGGCGAGUCUAUCCGGCGCCGUCCACGAGAUUUAUCUGCCUGUCCUGCUGGAAGCAUUCAUAGAUCUAUUCGUGAUCCUCGUGAUUCUCGAUGAGAUCGUCGACGCUCAACCGGCGAUAUUAGACCAAUGGAAGAAAUACAGGAUGCAUGCGCGCUCCAUGAUGCACAAUCCGUCGCAGUUCGGCGUUGCCGAGACGAAGCUGGAAACAUUCGAUCAUUUGCUGAAGGAUCUGCAGGAGAAGCUGUUGCGAAAGAACAUGUUCCUAAAGGCGAUCGAGCACGUGAUGGACGUGAACAAGGGCGCGGUCAUGAGCGAGCAGGUUGUCAGUUAUCUCAAGAAUCUGAUUGCAGACGUGGAGAGCAAAUCUAACGACCACGCCGCGCUGAAUAGGAACUGGAUAAGGGUCAACGUCGGUGUCGCUGUAGUGAUAAAGCUGUUCGGCGCUUGCGACAAAAAGCUGAUCAAGAGGGUGCUGGAAGCCAACAAAAGGUUCUACGCGGUCACGCUGGUGGGAAACGUGAUGUGGGUGCCCAGCAAGUUCCUCAGCGACGUCGUGCCGAAGGAGACCGGCAGCGCCGUAAGCCCGCAAGUGGGCGAGAAGAUUCUGCAGGCGCGAACGCAAAGAUUGCCGAUCACGGUGAACAAUCUGAUACAGCGUGGGACGACCUGGUGCGUGGAGAUGCAGAGUAUUCUUACGAGGACGAAUCUCCAGGUAUCAGACAUCGGACAGAAGCGUACGCUGCUGACAGACUUGCUGGCACUGCUGGCACAGAUGCGGGAGACCGUCGCGUUCGUGACGAAUCUGCACGCCUCGCUGUCGAGACCGAUGAGCCGCGGCACGGUGCAGCUGAUCUGCAGACUCGUCGAGCUGCAGAAGUCUCUGCAGACGACGUUCUACGCGCUUGGGCCGGUCGUGGUGCAAUCGCAAGCGCAGGUGCUGCAAUAUCUGGCCUACUACGUGCUAGUUAUGCUGGAAACAGCGCGCAAGGCUCUCGUUCAGCGGGAUAAGGGCUACAGCAGGGAACGACUGGACGCACUCUCGCUGAUAGGACUGAGUAUGCGACUAAUAGGCGGUCCGGCAAGCCCGGACAGGCGACUGAUAGUGCGUUGCGCGUUAGCGUGCGCCACCCAGCUGACCGACACCUUCCGCGAGGAGGAUGUCGUGAAACUGCGAUUUCUGCUAGACAGUUACGACGCCGUGGCCGAGUUGUACGAACUGAUCGACGAGCACAGCGACUACUCACUGCUGCUGCACCAUCAGAACAUGCUGCCCGCCUAUCUCACCUCGCUCGUCGACGGCAAUACCGGCGUCUACCACGUCGCCCAUCUAUUCGCCGCCUUCAAUAGCGCCGUGGGCGAGCAGGAGUUCGCCGAGCUGAAGAUAAAACGCAUCGCGGAGCUGCGGGAGAGCCUGGUGAAGACUGUACUGAAACCAGCGUGCCACGAGAUCGAGACUAGCCUACGACUGCACGUGCACGCACAUCUCAAACUGGACUCCACGAAUCCCUUUAACAUCGGAGCGAAAGACAGCGGCAGGGUGGUGCGAGCCCCGCCGCUAGCCUUAGCUGAAAACAUGGUCUGCGCCAAGAGAUUUGUGGAGCAUUACCUGGACGAUAUGUUCUACAAUCUGACGACGGUGGCCCUACACGAUUGGAGAACCUAUCGGAUGAUGCACGCGUUGGCCAGCUAUAAGAUGGGCCUGGACACUGUGCAGGACCAUCUACCGACGCAGACUCUCGAGCAGGGUCUGGACGCUCUAGAAAUUAUGCGCAACAUCCACGUGUUUGUUUCCAGGUACUUAUACAAUCUGAACACGCAAACGUUCGUGGAGCACAGCAGCAACAACAAGCACCUAAACACCAUCGGCAUCCGACAUAUCGCCAACUCAAUUCGCACCCACGGCACCGGUAUCAUGAGCACCACAGUGAACUUUGUUUACCAGUUUCUGCGCGUAAAGCUACAUACCUUCUCGCAGUUUCUCUUCGACGAGCAUAUCAAGUCGCGGCUGAUGCGCGACAUCAGGUUCGUCCGAGCGCAACGAGAAGCGGGCGCCGCUCCAUACACGUACGAACGAGCGGAGAAGUUCCAGAAAGGAAUCCGGAAACUGGGAAUGACCGCCGACGGGCUGAGCUACCUGGAUCAGUUUCGUCAACUGAUUACGCAGAUCGGUAACGCACUCGGCUACGUGCGGCUGAUCCGUUCCGGUGGCCUUCACGCCAGUUCCAAAGCGGUUUCCUUCCUGUCGGAUAUCGAGAGAACAGUGCCAUUUGAAUCGCUCUGUCGUGGACUAAAUUAUAGUGCUACUACGCAAGCUGCAGCCAGACGACUAGAAAAUGACAUCGCCGAUUUAGUGCGUAAUUUCACCGAGGGUAUUCAAUACUUCAAGCUACUAGUCGAUGUAUUUGCCUCGGCAUUUCGCGACACCAAGUCCUACCAUCUGCAGCAGUUCUACGCUAUCGUGCCGCCGCUAACGCUCAGUUUUGUCGACAAUUCCGUAUCCAAUAAGGAGAAGAUGUUUAAGAAGAAUCAGACAGGCGCGGCUUUCACCGACGAUGGCUUCGCCAUGGGUAUUGCCUAUAUCAAUGCAUUGCUCGAUCAGAGCACUGAGCUGGACGGCCUUCAUUGGUUUAAGACGGUGGAACAGCACAUCGCCCAGGAGAAACUUGCCGCAGAACGCAAGGACGAUCACGGCGACGAGAAACUCCAGCAGACCAGGGCACUCACGCUCCAACGUCUCGCCGAGAGAAACGCCGAGUUCCAAUUAUUGUAUUAUAGUCUCUCCGGUGCCAGAGUGUUCUUCAAGCAACCUGAUACGUAACGCAAGACAAUCUGUUCAUUUUGAUACUUCGAUAUUGUACUCUUGGACACCAGUUAUAAAUCGACUUCGUGUUUAUUAGGAGAGAGAUGGUUCGCACGAAUCCCGAAGAUUUAUAUAUAUAAAUGUGCGUUUAAAACCAUUUUUUCCCUAAUUUUUGAGUGCAAACAAAAUUUUGAAUAAAUACAAUCCCCGUUCCA